AUGAAGGCCUUCAUUGCUUCAGGACUGCUGCUGCUCAUAUUUGGGAUGUGGAGAUGUUCUGGGAUAGAGCCAGUAUCCAUGGAAUGUGAUUACUUUACAAUCCGUGUUAUAGCUAAAAGGGCACUGUUUUAUCCAGAUGAAUUCAUUGAUUCUGAUGAAUUAUUCCUAGGGGCAGGCUGCCCAGUAACUUCUGUAAGACCACAUGAACUUGAGUUUUAUUAUAAAAUUGAUUUCUGUGGGACUUUCAUAGAGAUUUUAUUUGAUGGAACUAUUGUUAAUACAUGGCUCACCUAUAUGCCCAAGAAUAUAUCAAUUUCUGCUGAGCUCCAGCUGCAGUGUGUCAUUCCCAGACUUCGGCAAGGCAAACUUGGUUCCAAGCAACUGCCUGAGGAGUGCCGUUUGAGAAGUGGAACUUAUGAUGCGGCUAACACAGAAUGCCAUCCUCCCCCUCAAUACUGGUUCCUGGUACUGAAGAGAUACUGCAAAAUUUGUGGCCAAAUCCACUUCCCAGAUGACUGGUCAAAGCCUUUUCAUGGGUGGAGGAAUGAGUCCUUUCAAAGAGUUUUUCAUCCAUUACUUCACCGUUGA